UCGCUUUAUAGAAAAAAAUGAUAAGGAUAGUGGAAGAAUGGUCGGCGGCGAGAAUACAAGACAUCAUUUCCGAUGAGCUAAACAUCGAAGUCUGGUUGGCGGUGAUGAAAACAACCCUAACGGAGAAAGGACUUUGGGAUGUGGUUGCGAAUGGAAUCCCUCCGAAUCCAUCGAAGAUUCCAAAGUUAGCGGCGACGAUUCAAGCCGAAGAGCUACGCCACUGGAGAGAACUUGCGACAGAAGACAUGAAAGCACUCCAAAUACUGCAGUCCGCUCUCCCAGACUCUGUUUUCAGAGAGACACUCUUGGCUGCUUCUUCGGCUAAGGAUCUCUGGCGUUUGCUAAACCAAGUACCUGAUCACGUAGCUGAACAUUUUGUCGGUGAUUUCGGUUUACAUGAUGAGAUUUGGUUGAUAAGCUCCAUUAACUCUAAUCACAUGACUCCAUAUCAGAGGUUUUUCACUGAUUUAGACAGAACAAGGAAAGCUAAGGUUAAAUUCACAUCUGGAGAUGGUACCACCACCACCACCACCACCUACAUGGCAGAAGGAAUUGGAGAUGUGAUUUUCCUGACUGAGGAGGGUGUUCAGACGAUCGAGAAUGUGCUUUACGUUCCAGGGAUCAAGGGAAACGCUUUGAGUGUUUCCCAGCUGAAGAAGAGCGGCUUUGGAGUUGCUUUUGAUGAGGAGAAAAGAUGCACUAUAUGGAAUCAGACUACUGGGAAGAAUUUUGGUAAAACCAUGUGGGAAAAUAGAGGCUACUGCCUACGUUGGAAUGUGCUUCAUCAAGGAAGUCAAGUUCAAUGCAAGAAGAGAAAGUUUACAUAGUAUCAAGUUUUUUUAACAAAGAAGAGUAGACUAUUUUUACCAAAUAAGGUUGGACAGAUGGAUGUAAUUUCAGUUAAAAUUUAGAAUUAAAGAAUGAA